UUUUGCUAACAUGAUUGACUGAGGGGGGACCCGUGGUAAACAGAAGUUGGGAACCACUGCAGUAGUAUUGGAGUGAGGACAUGUAGAGAAUGCAGGCUGAGAUGGCUAAUUUUUGUCCUUCACACUAAACCGUUUUAGAAAAUGGUCGCUUUAUUUUAACAGAAAUAUAUUCAGAUUAUUUUAUGGUUUUCACUCAAUGUUUGUCACGUAUUUAUUCCAAAGUUGAAAUGCAUGUUGUCCACCUGAGUGGACCAGUAAAAAAAAAAAAAAAAACUCAGGCAAGUACCCUUUUAAAUAAAAACGUAAACAUUUCAGUUGUGCCUAUAGAUUGACAAUGCAUAGAAAAAUAACUGAAUAAUUCGCUGAAGUGCAUGUUUGGGUAUAGUUUAAAACAUUACAUCAGAUAACCCUGAAAUUACUUCAGCUCCACCUCAUGGCAACCAUGAACACAGAACAUGUCUGUACCUGUUCAUGGCAGCUCUUCACAAAAAAGCUCUGUUGUUGACUCGGGAUUGGUGCGUUUUCUCUGUGGAAGAAGUCGUGUGAAAUUAUGUUGCAUUCAAUAAAUGUGCGAGAAAACUGCAUAUAGCUAAGAUCAGGCUGAAAUAAUUAUGAAUGUACAGAGUUUAAUGUGCUUGAAUUUAAAACUUCCUGUUUUUUCUUAAAAUAUGUGCCUUGACCAGUCAGGAACUGGUAAAACCACAUCCCACCUUCUGUCAUGACUAAUCUUUUUAUGGCUGAGGGGUUGUAUUCAGAACAAAAGCAGCACAGCACCGAUCCCUCCCAUUUUUAUUCCACAAUAUAUCAAGCUAAAGUGCAGUUGAAUUAAAGGAGGAGACUUGCAGGGCUGCCAAGAGGAGGGAGGGCUCACCUGUCAGGAGAGGAGGAAUCUGACAGCAGCGCCCUGCUGUUACCUGCUGAAACUGUCACAGAGCAAAACAUGCCCAACAACUGAGGGACACUCCGGUGGCGUCCAUCCUUCGGUUGGAGAUUUAAAAUGGGUGGGACACAAAGUCAGGAUCGGAAGAACAGCAGCCGGCGAACGAGUUUUAGGAGCGUCGUUAAAAAUAUAACCUCGGAGUCAGAGGGUCAUUUUGAUACUCCUGAAGCAUUGACUCCCGUCCGCGCCCCUCAGCCCGUCCCGGGAGAGCUGGAGAACAACAACACCAAUGCAGACAAAACAGAUUUGGAGCAGGAGGAGAACCUGAUAGUGACCGUUCCUGUCAGGGAUCCAGAUACCACACUGAGCCACAACAUGGGUCUGGAUGAGCCUGUAGUCCCUGUGGGAGGUCAGCUCGAAAUAGAAGUCCAAAAUCAAGAUGAAGGCCAAGUAGAGCACCCUUCAGAAAACUUGGAUUCUUUUCCCAUUCCUGAUUCAUCCUCACUGAAGGAAGAGGCUCAGAGCACAGCUCUCCUCUUUGAGCCAUCCCAAGACACAAACUUCAUCCAUGAAGCAGACCCAGUCCCAGGUCUGGUUCCAGUUCCAGAUCCUACUUUUGUCCCGGAACCCCACUCAGUAGCAAGCAGUGAACCUGCAGCACCAAGUGCUUCACAGCCUCCUGAGUUGAAACCUGAUGCUGAUCUGGAGGAUCACUACAAUGCCCUCCCUAGCCACGUGGAACGUACUCAAAAGAUUAAAACUAGCAGGUCCAAGCCCCCAUCCCUGAAAAUAAAAGACCCAGUAAGUCCUCUUCCCCAUACAGAUGAGGAACAAGAACCUCCAGGUCCCAAGGCUACAUACAACUUUGACCCAGACCAACUGGAUGAUAGCUAUAACCCCUUCACCAGCGGUGGAUCCAAAAUCCAGAACUCUCCUCCACCAUGUGGUUCAAGCUCUCUCCCCAGGCUAGAACCAGUUUGCAGGUCAUUGCCUGCUUGUGAGGCCACCAAAACAGCACAGGGAGACUCGGAAAUAAUGGAUCCAUCUUCAGAGACAAAGCCUGUGGUGCUGGAGUUUGGUCUGGAUGAUGGAACCGUCAGAAAGCCCCCUCCAAAGAAAUUAGGGGGGAAAAGGACAACCAGCAAAAUUGCUGCAAAGAAGCAGAAGCCAAAAGACUCAGAGACCUCUUUGAAACCAGCACCAGAACCGACAGUGUUGGAGGCACAUCCUGAACCAGUGUUAGAAACAGCUCCAGAACUUCUUCCCCAACCUGUAUCCGAAGGUGUUUCAGAGCCACUUUCAGAACCUUUUGCAAUAGACUCCUCUGCGCCUCUGAAUCUGGACGAUGUUCCUAUACCUAAAACCGGAACUUAUAACUUUGAUCCCAGUCAAUGGGACGACCCAAACUUCAAUCCGUUUGGUAGCAACAGCAAGGUGAGCAGCUCUGCUGUGCUGCCUAAGGGCUCAUACAGUUUCGACCCGGAACAUUUUGAUGACUCCAUAGACCCUUUUAAAACAUCGAAGUCCCCGAACAACGAGGAUUUGUCCUGCAGUGCCUCUCAACCGGAAACAAGAGUAAAAGACCAAGGCAAACCGAAGGCAAGGCAAACCCCUGGGGAGAAGAAAGUCAAGCAGAUUCCAAAGAAAAACAAAGAGAGAGCAGCCUCGACAUCUGAGCAAGUCAAGUUUCUCUGUUUUCUGUUGAAUUCUUGUAAAGUGCAGAAAUACGAUGAAAGCCAGUCAUUGGUCCUCGAUGUGUGCAGUCAGGAGGAAGAUGAAGUGGUGGCACAGACACCAGAGAUCACUCAGCGGGUUCAUCACGCCACAGAUGAGGAGAAACUGGCCUCCACAGGCAUGAUUGGCCAGACGACUGAAAGUCCGGUAGAGAGAGAAGGGCAGGAAUGCAAUAAACCAGCUGUGAAGAAGCAGCCAUCCAUACCUGCUGUAGAUGGUCCCGAGAUCAAGAUUACAGAUCAUCCGCAGGAGAAGGACACCUUCAGUCUGAAAGAUGAUAUAAGUGAGAUACCCAUGCACCACACUGCAAAACUGAGCGACAGUGACGACCCUGGCCCGGCAGCCCUAUCACAGGACAGCGUCCCUCUGACUGAGGUGGACAAAGCUGCAGUGCUGACCCUGAUCAGAGAGGAGAUUAUCAUUAAAGAGAUUGAGGUCAGCGAGUGGAAACGAAAAUACGAGGAGAGCAGAGCAGAGGUUAUGGAAAUGAGGAAAAUAGUCACAGAAUAUGAAAAUACAGUUGCACAGAUGAUUGAGGAUCAGCAGCAGAACAAGAGCCUCUCCUCCAGUAAGUCAGUCAGGCAGUUGACUUUAGAGAGGGAUCAGGCCGUGGCUGACCUUAAUUCAGUCGAGAGAUCCUUCGCAGAUCUCUUCAGGAGGUAUGAGAACAUGAAAGGAGUCUUGGAGGGCUUCAAAAAGAAUGAGGAGGUGCUGAAGAAGUGUGCGCAAGACUACCUGCUACGUAUCAAGCAGGAGGAGCAGCGAUAUCAAACCCUAAAACUCCAUGCUGAGGAGAAACUAGAUAAGGCCAAUGAGGAGAUAGCCCAGGUGCGCGCCAAGGCUGAUGUUGAGAGCGUGGCGCUGAAUGCGAGUCUGAGAAAGGAGCAAAUGAAGGUGGAGUCCCUUGAAAGAGCUGUCCUUCAAAAGAAUCAAGAAAUCGAGGAGCUGACCAAGAUCUGCGAUGAGCUGAUCGCCAAGCUGGGGACAGAAUAAAACGCCGUCAGUGAUGCUUUCUUCAUCAGCUUCCUCAAGCCCAAGAUAUUUGUUACUUCAGCAUGUGAUUUAAAUCCUCUACAUCAGCACAAUUUAGCACAUGUUAACUGACUUGACAUGUUUGCCACGUUCCAAAAGUUACAAAAUCAUCAUCAGGUGUCUAUCAUUUUCAACAUCAUGACUAUUAAAUAUUUAGUCAAAGAUGUUAAAAGGAUAAGUAUCAUGCUAAGGUGUGAAGAUUUGUUAUUGAUAAUUUGUGCAUUGCUGUUGUUUUUUUAAUAAAUAACAUUUUCCAUCAUAAUUUUAUACAGCAUGUGUUCAGAAACUGAGAGGAGAAGAUGACACGGUCCGUUUUUAUCCCAGCACAUUUUCACUGUAAUGACCUCUGUUUGAAGGCUGCUGUUUUCAGACAAUUUAUUUAUACUGAGUGCCUGAACUGAUUGAACUUUAUUAGUUUUGUGAUCCUUUGCAUAGUUCCUGCCGGCUUUUCUUUUGAUUGGUUCAUAUUUAUGAGGCUUUUUGUUUUUUAUAUAUACAUAUUCAGAAUUGACUGAGUGAACCCUAAAUGUGCAUUAUGUACUCUAAAUCCUGAGUAUGAAGCACUUAAAAAAAACAAUCUCUGAUUUGACUUAUGCUUAUUAUGCAGUAAUAUUACCCAUGUGCCAAAUAUCUUUUUCUUAUUAUUCCGCUUUCCUGUGUGAGAAAAAUCUCCCAAUUUUUCUGGUUUGUAAUCACAUUAUCCCCGAGGGCCAAGAUGUUGCUAAUGUGACUAUUUGUUUCGGUUUGUUUUAUGGGGAAACGUUAAUUUUCUCCUUUCAACCUGUUGCCAAUGUGUACUGUAUACGGUAUAUUUCCUAUAUGAUCAUUAUAUUUUAAACUUGUUAUAAUAAAUUGGAAGUGGUAUGGCUUUUCUUGUGGUUCAUACAGUCGUAAAGACCUAAAAGCAGGAGUUCAUCUUUACUCUUGUAAAAACAUCCUGCUUUUUUCUGGUCUGAACUUGAAGGAGUUAUAAACAGACUUGGUCUAUUACAACAAAAUGAUAGAUUUUUGUAUGAAAACCUUCUUUUACUUCUGCACAAUCAGAUGCCAAAUAUUACAGUGAACUGAAACAAACUUUGGUGUGACUUCAUGUCCCGUUGUGGUGAUGUCGUAUGCGCUUGAAGCUGCUUUUCAAAGAAAGUCUUGUGGUACAAUAUGUAUAUUUUAUACCUAAUGGAACAAACAUUUAUGUCACUAUUAUUUGUAAAUGUAUGAGUAUGUCCUGAUUGUAUGUUAACUGCUAUAUUUUGCAAAUUCCUAAAUAAAUGGUUAUGAUUUAAUAAUAAA